GGCGGUGUGAGCUGGACCCGCGGAGUUGUGUGGCGUUCCGUAGCGAUGGCGGCCGGCGGUAGCGACCCGCGGGCCGGCGACGUAGAGGAGGAUGCCUCACAGCUUAUCUUUCCCAAAGAGUUUGAAACAGCUGAGACACUACUCAAUUCAGAAGUUCAUAUGCUUCUGGAGCAUCGAAAGCAACAGAAUGAGAGUGCGGAGGAUGAGCAGGAACUUUCUGAGGUCUUCAUGAAAACUUUAAAUUACACAGCCCGCUUCAGUCGUUUCAAAAACAGAGAGACCAUUGCCAGUGUGCGUAGCUUGUUGCUCCAGAAGAAGCUUCAUAAGUUUGAGUUGGCCUGUUUGGCCAAUCUUUGCCCAGAGACUGCCGAGGAGUCGAAGGCUCUGAUCCCAAGCCUGGAGGGGCGGUUUGAAGAUGAGGAGCUGCAGCAGAUCCUCGAUGAUAUCCAGACCAAGCGCAGCUUUCAGUACUGAGCUCCAAUACCAUUCUGCUGAGGGAACUGCAUCCACAGCCCAGCACUGCUGUCCCAGGGGCUGGAGCUGCCUUAAACAGAAAUUCUCUUGCAGAAGACACUUGGGCCUCCUUCGGACAGAACAGCCCAGCUUGGUCUUGGUUUAGGUUGCUGUGUCGGACUUGACUAUUGGACCAUGAUAACCUGACCUUGCCUCUUGGGAGGAUGAGAUGGGGUGAUGUGCACAUAAGCUACACUGUUGACUACCUCAUACCACGGUUUUGGCCCCUGUGUUAUUUCUAAAACUUUUUUUUUAAGUUUUUUUUUUUUUUUUUUUUUUUUUUUUUUGAGUAAUCUCUACUCCCAGCAUGGGG